AAUAUAGAAAGCAUUUACUUUAUAUAUACUCCCAAACAUGACAUAUAUAGUUAAACCCAACCUAAUAAGUCUUAUCAGAACAGAAAGGUCUUCUUCUGCUUCAUAUUAAGAGAGAAAGAAAGUGAGAGUGAGAGAGAGAUCUAGAUAAGUAUUGAAUCUUCUUUGUAAUUUCUCUUGCUCAAAUGAGUAUUCCAGCAACAGUAGUUGCAUAUAUAUUAUAUAUAUAUAUAUAAUAUGUGAUCUAAUGACUUCUUCUGGUAUCUGAGAUGCUCAUUUGGGCAAGCAAUGUUACACAAAAAGGGUAUUUUAGGCACUAAAUUAUUUGAUUGUUAUAGUAAUUAUUAUGGAUUCUUCAUCAAGUCUCUCUUCACCAGAUAAGUUAUUUUACUUCUGUCUUUCUUGAUUUAUGUUUAUUAUGCUUUCUUCUCUUAAACUUUGUGUGAUAAAUAUGAAAACUAGAUCUAAAAGAAAAUUAAUCAUUAUUUAAGCAUAUAUAUACUGAAAAAUUAUACUAGGGCACCAAAGGGUAGUUUCUAUUUUUAACACUUGAUUAUGUAAGUCAAAUUUUCUUUCCUUUAUAGUUUUAGUUGCAGAAGACAUUAUAAGUAUAUAGUUUAGCUUUGAUCUCUCCUUCUGCUAAGAGAUUUUGUUUUUUUUUAAUGAUUUUAGCUUUUUUUAGAAGAUAUUUUUAGAACCAUUUUAUUGGGUAUUAGUGGUGGUAGCGCCCUAUUAUUGAUUAGUGAUGUUCUUUAAAAAUUAUUUUCAUAAUAUAUGGGACCCGAUACUUAAUUACACUAAUAACAGUAUGACACCGAGGAAGGUGUUAUGCACAAUGAUACCUUUUAGCAAUUCACUAUUUUUAGUCUCUUGUUCAGUUUUUUUAAGGCGUCUCUCAUUUAUGUAUGUCGUUCGGUUAAUUUAACUGCGUAUGAGUUAAUUGUACACGCACUUAGAGUGGAUAGUAAACUAGUCUAGAUGAAAAAAAUUUCAUUUCUUACGAUAUACUAAACACUCUUGAUUUUUUUUAAUGAAAAAUUUGUUAUUUGUCAAAAAAAAAAAAAAAAAAACCUAAGAUUCAAAUUAAGUUACACACUACUUAUUUAUUUUUUAAUUAUUAGUAUUUUUGCUUCCUGAAUUUUUUAUACUAGUAAGUUGUGCCUUUUAUAGUAUAUAAUUUAUUAAUAAUAUUUUUUGAAAUAUAAAUUUUACAGUAACGUAAUCUUUUUAUUACAUUUUCUUCAAUUUUAACAUGAUGAAAUAAGUAAAGUGAUGAAUUGUAGUUAGUAAAUGGAUACAAAUUAUAUACCAUUUACCAAUUUUUAUGUUAAUGAAUAAUAUAAUAAAAGAGUUAAAACUAUAACAUAGACUCUAUUAUAUAUAAUUAUAAAUUAUAAUUUUUUCUUAAUACUAAAAGCAUAUGUUCUUACUUGUAGGGACAAAAAUAAUACUUUUACUAUAAUUGCCCUAUAUAUAUUAUGAAAAAUUUUAAGAAUAUCAUUUUGUCUUUAUUAGUAGGAUCCAUCGUCCCUAUUUUUAAUAUCUAGAGAAAUUAUAAUUCAAAUUUUUUAAUAAAACUAUGUACAUUAUAGGUAUAUAUAGGAGGUGUUUCACCUAUUUUCAAAUGAAGGUUGCUGAGUGGUUAACCGAAAGCUUCAUCAAAUGAAGAUUUCAAUCCCAGUAAACAUGGAUCGUGGGUUGUUGUUGAAACUGUAAUGCAACAGUUAUAUCUGUUGCGAGCCAACUAACGUCCAACUUAAUUGCAACUAAAAAUAUAAAAUGUGAAUGUGUAUAUGUGAGAAACUAUUUGUUAGUAUUUUUUUGUCACUGAUCGAUAAUUACUUAUACCUUAAUAGUACUAAUAUGUGAAGAAAUAUUUGUUAGCAAAAUAUUUAUGCAACUGUAAUGCAACUGCUAUGAAACAUUAAAAAUCAGAGCAGUGUUUCCACGUACGUAAUUCUAUCUACAUGUCUCUUCGUGAUUUAAUACGAACAAAUUCACUAUUAGAAAUUUGAAAAAACAACGAAAAUACACUAGGAUUAAUAUUUUACUAUAGUAUUGAUGUAAUUUUUUUUUAGAUUAUACUUGAGUUAGAUUGUUUGUGAACUCUAGUUUAACUUUUUGAGAUCUGCAUUUCAUGGAUCUGAAAAUUGAAGUCAGGACAUUAAUUUUAUGCAAAUUAAAUUAGAUUUUUGGUUAAAUUUUAGUUUCAUAUUAGUUUUUCUGCACUUUUUUUUUUCAUGAAUUAGAAACAAUCCUGUUUUGAUUGAUUCCGGUCGUUUUUUUAAUAGUGGUUCUUUUUUUGGUUAGAUUUUGUUUCGGUUGUGUUGAGAAUGUUGCAUCAGAUGAAGAUUUCAAUGUGUGUAAGAGGAGUUGAAGGAGAAGGUAUUGGGGUUAACUAUGGAACUGUAGCAGAUGAUCUUCCACCACCAACUCAAGUGGCCAAAUUCCUUGUUAAAUCCACCAUUAUCAACAAAAUUAGACUAUUCGAUACAAACCCAGAAAUCAUCAAAGCUUUUGCUCAUACUGGAAUCUCACUCACCAUUACUAUCCCCAACGAUCAAAUCCCACAUCUCACUAAGCUCGCUUCAGCUCAACAAUGGCUCAAAACCAACCUCCAACCUUACCUUCCGGCCACCGACAUUGUCCGAAUUUUAAUGGGCAACGAAGUAUUAGCCACAGCAAACAAACUCCUAAUCGCCUCCCUCGUCCCCGCCAUGGAAACCCUCCACGCCGCCCUCGCCGACGCAGGACUCGACCGCAAAAUCAAAGUCUCCACUCCUCAUUCCCUCGGCAUUCUCGCCUCUUCCAGUCCGCCGUCGACGGGAAAGUUCCGGCAAGGCUACGACAUCCAUGUGCUUAAACCCUUACUCGAUUUUCUCAACUCCACCGAUUCCCCUUUCAUGGUGAACCCAUACCCAUUUUUUGGGUCUUCACCGCUAACGAUCGAUUACGCUCUGUUCCGAGUCAACGCCGGCGUCGUUGACCAGAACACAGAGCUCAAAUACAACAACAUGUUGGAUGCUCAGCUGGACGCGGUGUAUUCAGCCAUGAAAAUUUUGGGGUUUCCAGAUCUUGAUAUUGUGAUCGCCGAAACGGGUUGGCCAUCCGACGGAGAUUUGCCCCAAAUCGGAGUUGAUCCGGCAACGGCGGCGGAGUACAACGGGAAUCUCUUACGUCACGUGACCUCUGGUUCAGGCACGCCUCUCAUGCCGAAUCGGACUUUCGAGACUUACAUAUUUGGUCUCUUUAAUGAGAAUCUCAAGCCCGGCCCAACUUGCGAGAGAAACUUUGGGCUUUUCAGGCCCGAUUUUACGCCAGUCUACGACAUUGGAAUCUUACGGCCCACGGCUCGAUCGUCCGUACCUGUUGGGGAUCGUCCGUACCCGGGACCAAGCCCAAGCCCAAGCCCAAGCCCAGGCCCAAAUGAUGGACCAGUGGCGUCACCACCACCGCAUGCGGAGAGAAGAGGGAGAGGAAAAGGUUGGUGUCUACCCAAAAUGGCGGCUGAUUCAGAAGCCUUGCAGAAGAAUAUUGAUUAUGUAUGUGGGCUGGGCCUGGACUGUGGCCCAAUCCAACAAGGUGGGCCGUGCUUUCUACCUGAUUCAGUCAGAGCCCAUGCAGCUUAUGCCAUGAACUUGUAUUACCAAGUAAUGGGAACGAACGGCUAUGCUUGUGAUUUCGAGAAAACUGGAGCAAUCUCACACGUUGAUCCAAGCUAUGGAAAAUGCAAAUAUUGAGGAUGAAGCUGAAGAAAAUUCUAUUGAGAGCAAUCUAGUUUAAUUUUUGUUCACACUAUUGUGACCAUAAAUAGCUCUUUUUCAUCUAAUGAUUUAUAUGAUACAAAUUACGUAGUUUAAUUACUAUUUACUAUUAUAUAUAAAGCUAAAAUAAAAUUAGUUACAUUUUUUUAAUUUUA